GGCUUUAUCAGAACAGAGGUAAAUCAAUAAUUUUAUCAAAUCAGAAUGGAUCAGUGAGAGAAUUUUAUACAAUUACGAGGAAAACUUUCCUCGUCCUUUCUAGAUACCAGUAACAUUUAUAAAGCCAAAAAACUGGAACACACUGGGAUUAAAAGCUAAUAAUAGGGAUUUAUGAGGAAUUAUAAACGGAAAUCUGGCAACCCGAGUAAACACCAUAAUGGCGUCCAUCACAGACCUGAAGAGCGCCCUGAAGGAGACAUUGGAGGCGCGAGGUGUGCUCACACAGCUCAGAGCAAGGAUGAGGGCGGAGGUGUUCAGGGUGUUAGAUGAUCCAAGUGAGCCACGCCCAUCACUGAGCCGAGAGAUGCUACUGAUUAAUGAGCUGAUCCGCGAGUACCUCAAGUUCCACAAGUACCAUCACACAGAGUCUGUGUUCAUUGCAGAGUCAGGACAGCAGGAUGUUCCUCUGGACCGAACAUUUAUCGCUAAUGAACUGAACGUUGUAGAAGAGCCGAGCACCAGGACACUCCCUCUGCUGUAUGGAGUCAUCUCUCACUUCCUGAAUGAGGACAGAGCAUGAAAGAAAGACAGACAGAGCUGGAGAAGUCACAUGACAGUGGGAAGUCACAUGACCCUGGAACGUCACAAUCCCAUUAAAUUAUUGUUUACAUGCUGAAGUGUACAAAAAGCUCCAUUAGUGUGUGACUGUGUUUUAUCGUUUUAUCCUUUUCUAAAAAUAAAUUUUUUAAUCGUCUUUUUUAUUGUGUGUGUGUGUGUGUGUGUGUGUGAAAUCACACAGUGAUUUGAUCUAUUAGAGUUUGGCUGAAAUUAAGAGCAGACCCACUGCGGUGUUUGGUGUGGUGGUGCUGCAGUUCUCUGUAUGGCCACAGGGUGGCACUACUGUUAGUGUGUUUAAAGCAGAGUGUUUCAGAGUCACAACAUUCAUCUUUUUACAUAAUUUAUUUCAGAGGAGAGUUUAUAUAUAUGUGUGUGUGUGUUAAGGUAUUUCUUAGAAUACCUUAACACACACACACACGUUUUUAGGCCAAGUUCCUACACACAUUGCCUUAUUAUUAUUAUUAUUAUUAUUAUUAUUGUCUGUAGUAAUAAUAGAUUUGUAAUAAUUAUUAAUAACUCACAUUACUGCACACAGUAUUAUUAAAAUGUCAGACAGCUCAGUAACUGAAAUUGAAAUUCAAAAUUAAAUUAAAAACUGCACCAAUCAGAUUUAAUUCCAGGAAUCCAGCAAAUAAAAUCUUAAUUAUUAACUUUAGGUUUAUGUUGAUAGUUGAAGUUUAAUUAUGCAUAUUUGUUUUUACAGAAUUUACAUAUUCAUAAACUGAUGAUGGUUGUGCACUCAAAUGAAAACAAACAAAACUGACACGUCCCUAAACCAGGAUGAGAUUCUGUGCAUCACCUGCAGCUCUGUGUGUGUGUGUGUGUGUGUGUGUGUGCGUGCAUGCAUGUUUGUUUACAGGUCAGUAAACAUCAGACUCAAAUCUUGUUGGCCCAUAUUUAGUCACACAGAGCUUUACUUUAAACAUACACACUACGCUGCAGAUUCCAGACUACACUGACCUUAUAUGGAACUGUACAUCUCUCUCUCUCUCUCUCUCUCUCCCCUCUUUUUAUGUCUCUCUUGUUUCUGCAGAUAUCUAGUAGGGUCUUGAUGUAGAGCAGAGUCUGACCUGCAGGUUUUUCGUGUGUGUGUGUGUGUGUGUGUGUGUGUGUGUGUGUGUGUGUGUGUGUAUU